AUGACGCUGUCGUCCAUCGACGAUGGAAUCUCCGACACCAGAAUCAUGAAAAUUUUUGCAAAUAUCAAUCAAAAUGUUACAGAAUCGCAACGACUACGCUGCCCCUGUGGUUUCUCCCCGAUAUCCAACAGCACCGGUAAUCAACCGCAGGACAAUCGUUAUCAAUCGUCGAUCAGAAAGCCGGUCGAGUUCUCUGAUCUGAGUAAAUGCAAGUACGCUAAAUCCCAGGUGGAGAAUGAUAUUUGUACAACUCAGAGGCUGCUCAACAAGAUCCAGCAUCUGAAGAAAAGUAUUCAAGAUCUAGAGUCUGCUCAACAAAACAUCAAAGUUUAUAGAAAUUCUGGACAUAAAGAUGUCCCCAGUCAAACCGAAGAUCCAGCCCCACCAGAGUUGAACAACGCUCGACAGAUAGUGAACAAUUGUAUAGCAGAAAUGUCGAAGUUAAAAACAUUUUUGGAAGAUGAAAAUUGUUGGUGGAAGAUAUUCAGGAAACGGGAGUUCAACUGCUGUGAACAGAAACUGCCUCAUCUUCAUGGUUUUCUGGAUGGGACAAUGGUCACCUUGAAAAUGCUCGAAGAAACACUCGACCCGAAUAAAGAAUUUGUAACGUCAACCCCAAUAAGAUCAAGAUCCUUGGAAAAUCACGGCCCUGAAAUGCAAUUUGACGAGGGAAAAAAAUACAAAGAACAGGACACAGAUACUGCGAGAAACUUAAGUAAAAUGAGUCCUCGCACAAGUUUUCAAGUUGAUCAAAAGACCAUCGAUUCUUGUCUAAACAACUGUCCUGUAUCUUGCAGGCAACAAACUCCAAAUUCUCCUCGAUCAACUUAUUCUCGAAAUCAUUCUCAAAUUUAUCCUGGAACCUCUAAAGAACCAUCAAGGAAUGAAACGCUGCAACGAGAAGAGCGCAGAAUCAACCCCAUCAAUCAAUUACCAAAACAGAUGUGGCAAACGAAAAGCGCGAUAGGUUUUGGACAGAGACCAAGGCCGAGUUACACGUUCAGUAGUGAAAACACAGCGAGAAGAAAGAUUAUUGCUGCUGAUAUCAGCACCUCCACGGAUCUGAUUACGGAGAUACCGUACAAAAACAUCGCCGUUUCGGCGCAGAGCUUUAAAUCGUUGGCGGAUGGAAGUUUCUUGGAUCAGAAUCAGAAUAAAAUGUCCCAGGGAGGAUCGAGAUCCAAGAGCAGGAGCAGAAACAGCGGGAAGGAAUAA